AUGGUGUCCUUCACAAUGUUUCUAUUACCUCUGUAUCUUGCCUGUCUGCCAUCAACUACAGCAUGGGUCUUCAGCUGGACGAACUCUUCCGGCAAUUUUCUGACGGACCAUGGCGAGACAAAUACUUCCUGCAAGACGAUCGAUAAUCCAGAGGGGAAUAUCUUCGACUGGGACCCAAAGGGCGGAAACUUCUGCUUCUACAUCUAUAACAAUAAGAACUGCACCGACCCAUCGGCGGGCUAUACAUGCAAACCUUGGCCUUGGAGCAACCAUCAAGCAGGAUCCUAUAUGAGAUCCUAUAUCAUAGUGAACAACAACACGGAAGCUGACUCCACGACAACCUCUUCAACAGCAGUUUCUUCGACAAUGACAACGUCUACCACUUCUUCCAUCGCCACCGCAACCCCUACAUCCGCUUCUGAAACCACAUCUACUGCCGCUGCCACAAACUCGUCGAACUCAAUCUCAGGUGGUGCUAUUGCGGGAAUCAUAGUAGGCGUUUUAGCAGCCGCCGCUAUUGCCGGAAUCCUGCUUUUCUUUUUGUGGUGGCGGCCACGCAGGAGAACAGGACUGACAAGCAUCCCUGACGAACGGCCGCCUACAAUGAGCGAGCUUUCCACAGUCCAUGAGCCAAAGCAAUCUUCCCCAAGUGAAGCCUUCAGCAGCGAAGCCUUCACCAAUGAAACAUUUAGCCAAACAUCAGAUCAGCCUAUAUAUUCACCACAGAGGCUGCGCGAAUUGCCAGGGUCGACUGGGGUAUCUGAACUCGGCUCGGGAAACAUGAGAGCAGAGCUCGAUGGAUCGACUCACUGGAAAAAUUGA